GCGGUGAUGAUGAUAGUAUCUGUGUAAACAGCACGCUAUAGUAGCACCAAAGGUCUUUUGUAUUGAACUUUAUGUAUUUAAUAUUCCCUAAUAAACUUGCAUUUUCACUAAAUGGACCAUCUCAUCUUCAAUCAACUUCGUAUUUCAUACAAUAACGUACCUUCACACUAAAUGUAUUAUGUCAUCUUCCACCAACGUCGUGUUUUUAUAUUGAAAUGUAUUAUGCCAUCUUCACACAGAACGUGUAUAUUUUUGCACCAGAAUGUUUUAUGUUGUCUUGUACCAGGCUCUUAUUUUAUUCAGAAAAGUGUUUUUGCACUGAAUUAUUUUGUCAUCUUCCUUCAUGUACACAUUUCAUAUAGAAACGUAUUUUUAUACUGAGUGUUGUACGGCAUCUUCCAUCAGCUUCUUAUUUUAUACAGAAACGUAUUUUGCACUGAAAACUUUAUUUCGACUUUCAUUAAUCUCGUAUUUUUAUACCGAAUUUCUCUUGUGUUUUCUUCCAUUAGCUUCUUAUUUCAAUUAUAAACAUAUUUUUGUGCUGAAGAUUUUUAUGUAAUCUUCUGUCGGCCACAUGUUUCAAGACGUUAUAGUUUAUGAAUCUUCCUCAUUAAAAAAAUAUUUAACUUGAAAAACACCAACAAAUGUGGGCAAACGUUUUACCCGUGUGAUAGUCUGAACCGUCAAAAGAAGUAUCUAACCGGGAAUUGCAAGUCAUUUAACCUUUUACUUCAGGUAGUAGAGCAUUCCCUCGUAGUGUGAGAGAUUCCAGGUUCAAAUUUUACUCGCAUUUUACUCAAAUUUUAUCACACUCGCAGCUACAACUGUUUAUCUCUGGGGGUGUUGGAAAAUUACCGACAAUUUCAUCAUUACAGCUUUAGAGAAAUUGUGACUUAUACAUUAAUCUAUUUUUAUGUUUGGAAAUUCUGCAUAUGUAAAAACAAAAGACGUUUAAUCUUGUUUGUGCAAAACUUUAUGAUGGUUUUUAUUCAUUUUUUAAUAUUACUUCUCUUACAACCUUCUUUUUUUCCUUUUUUUUUUUUGAGAAAAAGCAUUGUUCAAUUUUAAUCAGUUGAUAAUCAGUUGUUUUCCUAAGUCGAUCUCUUCUUUUGAUCAAAAUCGUAAGCUUAUUUUGUUACGAGUAUUUUUCAAAUGAUUUCCAGUCAAAAUAACCAGAUCUUCCGAUUCGGAAUACGGAAAACCACAAAUUAAAAUCAAAACAAAAUCUUCGAACGCUCUACGAUCAAGGGCUUUUCUUUUGUUUAUUCUGAUGCAGGAGAUGGUAUCUGGUAUCGGUGUAUAACUUUCAAGCUUCUAAAAACCUUUAACGAUCUGAACCCUGAGACGAUGGUAACCAUAAUAUCUAUUAUAUUUUGUUAUAAAAUACGAAGACUCGUCAGAGUUGGGACGAUUGGGUAAAUCGAAAAAGGCCUACUAUUUUAGGAAAUAUUUUAAUAAACACAUGACUUUCAUGUAAAUCAUUUAAAUUCUUGGUAAAGAACAAAUGUUCCAGAUUUUCUGUAGUGCUGCCCCCUCCUCAGUUGUUAACAGUCAGUAAAGUUAUAUACUUUUAUGCAAUAGUAUCACCUUCGCGAUGAUUGAUCUGUCAUGAACGUGUUCGUCACAUGACUUAUGAGUAACAAUGGAUCUGUUCUCAAUUUGUCAAAUGCCCUAUACAGUAAUGGAGCUGGCAUCUGUUUAUUACAUGGCCUACACAGUAAUGGAUAUGGCAUCUGUUCGUCACAGGGACUACAGGGUAACGGAUAUGGCGUCUGUUCGUCACAGGGACUACAGGGUAACGGAUCUGGUAUCUAUUUAUCACAGGACCUACACGGUAAUAGAUCUGGAUCUGGCAUCUGUUUAUUACAUGACCUACACAGUAACGGAUCUGCCACCAGUUCGUCACAGGGACUACAGGGCAACGGAUCUGGUAUCUAUUUAUCACAGGACCUACACGGUAAUAGAUCUGGAUCUGGCAUCUGUUCGUCACAGGGCCUGCACGGUAAUAGAUCUGGAUCUGGCAUCUGUUCGUCACAGGGCCUGCACGGUAAUAGUUCUGGAUCUGGCAUCUGUUCGUCACAGGGCCUACACGGUAAUAGAUCUGGAUCUGGCAUCUGUUUGUCACAGGGCCUACACGGUAAUAGAUCUAGAUCUGGCAUCUGUUCGUCACAGGGCCUGCACGGUAAUGGAUCUGGAUUUGACAUUUGUUCAUCACAGGGCCUACACGGUAAUAGAUCUGGAUCUGGCAUCUGUUCGUCACAGAGCCUACACGGUAAUAGAUCUAGAUCUGGCAUCUGUUCGUCACAGGGUCUACACAGUAAUGGAUCUGGCAUCUGUUUGUCACAGGGCAUACAGAGUAAGGGAUGUGGCAUCUGUUUGUCACAGGGCCUACACGGUAAUGGACGUGGCAUUUGUUUGUCACAGGGCAUACAGAGUAAGGGAUGUGGCAUCUGUUUGUCACAGGGUCUACACGGUAACGGAUCUAUCAUCUGUUUAUUACAUGACCUACACAUCGGGUCAUAUUUAAGACGAAGAACUAUUCUAGUUAAUAAAUGAAACUUAACAUAAAGUACUUUUAUACGCAUGCAUCUUGUGUAUGUAUGUAUGUGUGUGUGUGUGUGUGUGUGUGGCUACGCAUAUAUAAGUAUACAUAUUAACAUUCUUAUUCGUCAUAUGUCAGAUUUAGAUACAAUGUAAGCAUUUAUAAAACGUAUACAUAUAUAGUAUGAAUAUUUGUAGUAAAAUCAUGGAGAUUUACACAAAUGACAGUUUAUUUUAUAUUAAAUCUACGAGUAUGCUGUUUAGUUUGGCAACUCAUAUGAUUUCUUUAGAAAAGAUAAAAAUAUGGGAUGAAAUUUACAAAAACAUAAUAAAUAAUUUCUUCUUAUUCUUCCGUGUGCGAAACAAAAAUGGCGGAUGAAGUUUUAAACAUUACACACGUUUGGAACUCAGUGAGACCAGACGUUAUAAUUCAACGUUCAGGUUAUAUUAUUUAAAGUCGUAGAUCAGGAACUAUAUUUUGAAGUAGUAAUUAUGUUGUAUUACUUGAAAUAUGACUAACAUGGUUUAUAAUUUUUUUUGU